AUGUUCAAGCUCGGACGCAGCCGGUUGGCUUCUGCCAUCCAAACUUCCUCCAAGGUCGCCGCUCCCAGAUACCCGGGCCUUGCUCAGCAACAAAGGAGAAACCUCAGCAUUCACGAGUACCUCUCCGCCGACCUUCUGCGCCAGUAUGGAGUCGGUGUCCCCAAGGGAUCCAACGCGAAGACCGCCGCCGAGGCCAAGGCCAUCGCAAAGGAGAUUGGUGGUGAGGACAUGGUCAUCAAGGCCCAGGUCCUCGCCGGUGGACGUGGAAAGGGCACCUUCGACAACGGCCUCAAGGGCGGUGUUCGCGUCAUCUACUCCCCCACCGAGGCCGAGAUGUUCGCCGAGCAGAUGAUUGGCCACAAGCUCAUCACCAAGCAGACCGGCGCCGGCGGCAAGCUCUGCAGCUCCGUCUACAUUUGCGAGCGCAAGUUCGCCCGCCGCGAGUUCUACCUCGCCAUCCUGAUGGACCGCGCCUCCCAGGCCCCCGUCAUCGUCUCCUCCUCCCAGGGCGGUAUGGACAUCGAGACCGUCGCCAAGGAGAACCCCGACGCCAUCAUCACCACCAACAUUGACAUCAACAAGGGUGUCACCGACGAGAUCGCCCGCGACAUCGCCGUUAAGCUCGGCUUCAGCGAGCAGUGCAUCGAGGACGCCAAGGACACCAUCCAGAAGCUCUACAAGAUCUUCCUCGAGAAGGACGCCACCCAGAUCGAGAUCAACCCUCUCUCUGAGACCUCUGACCACAAGGUCCUCUGCAUGGACGCCAAGUUCGGCUUCGACGACAACGCCGACUACCGCCAGAAGGAGGUCUUCGCCCUCCGCGACACCACCCAGGAGGACGCCGACGAGGUCCGCGCCGCCGAGUCCGGCCUCAACUUCAUCAAGCUCGACGGUGACAUUGGCUGCCUCGUCAACGGUGCCGGUCUGGCCAUGGCCACCAUGGACAUCAUCAAGCUCAACAAGGGUACCCCCGCCAACUUCCUCGACGUCGGUGGUGGUGCUACCCCCGCCGCCAUCAAGGAGGCCUUUGAGCUCAUCACGAGCGACCCCAAGGUCUCUGCCAUCUUUGUCAACAUUUUCGGUGGUAUCGUCCGCUGCGAUCUCAUCGCCAAGGGUCUCAUCAACGCCUCCAAGGAGCUCAACCUGAAGAUUCCCAUCAUUGCCCGUCUCCAGGGUACCAACGUCGAGGCCGCCCACGACAUCAUCAACAACUCUGGCAUGAAGAUCUUCUCCAUCGACGACCUCCAGACCGCCGCCGAGAAGGCUGUGCAACUGUCCAAGGUUGUCAAGAUGGCCCGUGACAUUGAUGUCGGCGUCGAGUUCUCCUUGGGUAUCUAA